AAAAUGCAACGCGUCAUCGCCAAUACCGGAAGUGGAUAUUCGUCGCACAUUUCUUUUCUUUCUGUAGCUGCUCUCCGUGAUUAGCCGUUAGCGGUUACCACAGCCUUCAUCGCGACUUUUAUAUACCAGGACCAGAUAUGUCUCACACAAUUCUGCUGGUGCAGCCCACCAAGAGACCAGAAGGCAGAACAUAUGCAGACUAUGAGUCUGUCAACGAAUGCAUGGAAGGAGUGUGUAAGAUGUAUGAAGAGCAUCUGAAGAGGAUGAACCCCAACAGUCCCUCCAUCACAUAUGACAUAAGCCAGUUAUUUGACUUCGUGGAUGAUCUUGCUGACCUCAGCUGUCUCGUGUACAGGGCAGACACACAAACCUACCAGCCCUACAACAAAGACUGGAUUAAAGAAAAGAUCUACGUGCUGCUGAGGCGUCAAGCCCAGCAGGCGGGAAAAUAAGGAGUGUAAAUGGCUGAAUUAUUUCUAUUGCUAGUCCCCAACUCUAUCAGAACUACGCUACAUCACAGGACAAAUAGAUGAGCCAAGUGGUGAAGUGAUGCCGCUUAGUUCAGAUUUUGUUGAAUGCAUGUCUAUUCAGUCAGUACGUCAAAGCAUAGAGUGGAAAUAUUUUGCAUUUUUAAUCGCAUUUUUGUAACCGGAGUUAGGGACUUGGAUAUUUAUCAGACUAAAGGGUAAGAUUGGGGGAGGCAAAGGGUUCAGGAUUUUUUUCAAUCCCUCUCAAUUGAUGUUUUUUUUUUUUUUUUUUAAUUGUGGUUUAAUUGUUCUUUAAUUCAGUGAAGUAAAAAAACGUACACAUUUCAGAUUAUGGAUAUGGCUCUGAGUUAUCUUAUAUCUCAACUUUUUUCCUCAGUGCUGUUACAGAUUUUGUUGGCCCUAUCUGUUUUGUGUAUGUUUCCAGUAGUCACCACUGGAAAAUAAUAAAAAUCUUCUCACAUAAAGUUUU